AUGAAGAGAGCUUCAUAUGGAACAAAGUGUAGCAGAUGUAAACAGUCUGGACACAACAAGGCUACCUGUAAGCUGCCACCACCCCCACCACCUGCUGCUAACCCAACAGAAGCAAAUAACCCAACUGCUCCUAACCAAUCUACUGAAAACCCACUUCCAACAGCUUCAAACCCACCAACAGCUACUAACCCCUCAGCUGCUACUAACCCACCAGCUAGUCUUAGUCAAGGACAACCUGCAUCACUAGCUUCAUCAAAUUCUCAACCAGCUGUUGCAACACAAGGGUCAUCCAUUACUGCACCUCCAAAGGCACAAGAUGCAAAGGAAAAGGCCAAGAAACAACCUGCCAAAUCACAAUCUGCAAAGGCAAAAGAUACAAAGGGGAAGGCAAAAGCUAGUUCCAACUUUCAGGGAAGCAAAAAAAGAAUUCCAACCAACACUGAAAAGACUCUGUCAUCAGUUCUCAACACCAAAAGGCAGAAGUUGCCUUUCACUAGGGCUCCACAAGAUGCAGCAGGACCACCAUCCAAAUGA